AUGGUGCGGGAUAGUUGGAAUGCUCCUUUAGUUGGGUCUACAGCUUUUAUUUUUCCUCAAAAAUUGAAGCGGCUAAAAGUGGAGAUGAAAUUGUGGAAUCAACUUAUUUUUGGUAAUGUUCAUGUGAGACUCAAACAUGCGCAACUCAGACUUGAGAGUGCUAUUAGAGUGGCGGAUGAUGAUAUAACUAAUGUUCAAAAACAAAAUGCUAUGAGAUAUGCUCAGGUGGAAGUUAAUGACGUGAGGAUGCAGUUAGCUACAAUGCUUAAACAAAAGUCCAGGAACCAAUGGCUGGUUGAGGGGUCUAGUAAUACUAGUUUCUUUCACAACAAUAUUCGCAUGAGGAAAAGUACCAAAACUAUCUCGGAAUUAGUAGAUAAUUUGGGGAAUACAGUCACUGAUUGUGACAGUAUUAGAGAUAUGGCUGUUGAUUAUUUUCAAUCUAAAUUCAAUGGAGAUAAUUCAGAACCGGUGGAUUCUCUUUUUGAGUAUGAGCAUGAAAGCAUUUCCCUGGAGGAAAGGUUUUUUAUGGAUCGUCUGCCAACAGUGGAGGAGAUUAGAGAAGUUGUUUUUGAUUUAGGCGCGGAUAGUGCUCCUGGUCCAGAUGGGUUUGCUGGUUUUUUCUAUAAACAUUGUUGGGAGAUCAUUUGUGAAGAUCUGGAAAGAGGUGCUAAUACUAUCAGGAACUUCAGACCGAUUGGUCUAAGUAAUUUCUUUUUCAAGAUUUUUAUUAAGAUCCUUACUACUCGGUUAGGAAGUGUUCUGGGUAAGUUGGUUUCGGAGGAGCAGGUGGAUUUUAUGAAAGGUAGAAAUAUUCAUGAGAAUAUUAGUCUAGCUUCUGAAAUGGUAAAUGAGAUUCAGAUUAAGCGUAAGGAUGGUAAUGUUGGUUUAAAACUUGAUAUUACGCAAGCUUUUGAUAUUGUUAGCUGGUCAUUCAUUUUGGCGGUUUUCAGACAUUAUGGUUUUUCCGAGAUUUGGUGUGAUUGGAUUUUGCAGAUUCUUAAGUAUGAAAAAAUCUCUGUUCUAGUCAAUGGUAACCCAGAAGAUGAUAUCAUGAUUUUUUGUAAAGGAAACAUGAAAAGUUUGGAGAACUUGGUUAAUCUUAUUGGGUCUUAUCAACGUGCUUCGGGUCAAACUGUUAGCCGGGAAAAGAGCAAGAUUUAUUAUGGAGGUGGCUCUUUGAGUAGGAGGACCACUAUUGCUGGUUUUUUAGGUAUGCCAAUUGCAACUUUCCCAGAUAGAUAUUUGGGGGUGAAGGUUAUGCCAGGUGCGGUUAAAUAUCACCAUAUUAGUAAUGUGGUUGAGAAGAUCAAGGAGCAAUUAGCGGGUUGGAAGAGGAAGAUGUUAUCUUUUCAAGACAGAAUUGUGCUUGUCAAGGAACUGAUUGCAAUCUAUUCCGUUCAUAAUAUGGAGGUUUACAAAUGGCCUAGGAAGUUUGUCCACCAAUGUGAAGUUGCUUCGUAA